AUGCCAGGAUUCACGGUGAAAGUGAAAUGGGGUCGGGAGACCUACACAGAUGUUCAGAUGAAUACAGAUGAACCUCCUCUACUCUUCAAAGCUCAAGUCUUCGCACUGACUGGAGUGAGACCGGAGCGGCAAAAGGUCAUGCUUCGUGGUGCUACGUUGAAAGAUGAUACGUGGGAUGGCAUUCCAGUGAAGGAUGGGGUGACUUUCAUGAUGAUGGGAAGCAAGGAGGAAGACAUUCCAUCUGCCCCAAUGCAGAAAACAGUCUUCAUGGAGGACAUGACCGAGGCGGAGUUGGCGUCUGCCCUUGAGCUUCCUACUGGUCUGACCAAUCUAGGCAACACUUGCUACAUGAAUGCAACUGUCCAAUGUCUGAAUUCUGUUCAAGAGCUUCAUGAAGCUCUAAAUUCCUAUCAAGGAAAUGUGAACGUGAUGGGAGACUUUGGUCAGAAUUCAGCUGAUUCUAUUACUGCUGCAAUGAGGGAUCUUUUUCAGAGCAUGAAGAAAUCUCCUAAUGUAACCCCAAUUGUCAUGGUGCAAGUACUACACUUGGCUUUCCCUCAUUUUGCUGAAAAGGCUCCUCAGGGGGGAUUCAGGCAACAAGAUGCUAAUGAAUGCUGGACUGAGUUGGUCCGUAUGCUUCAACAGAAACUUGACAUGAAGAGUGCGCUUGCAGAAAGCCGUAAAAGCUUUAUUGAUUGUUACUUUGGAGGAACACUGGAGUGUGAACUGAAGUGCACUGAAUCUGAGGAGGAGCCUGUGACUCAAUCAAAGGAGAAUUUCCUUCAAUUGAGUUGCUUCAUCUCACAAGAUGUGAAGUACAUGCAUUCAGGGUUGAGGUCUCGGAUGCAGGAGACCAUCACCAAGAAUUCUCCAACCCUAGGUCGAGAUGCUGUUUAUACGAAGACAUCCAAGAUCUCUCGUCUUCCAGCAUAUCUCUCUAUCCAGUUUGUGCGUUUCUAUUACAAGGAAAAAGAAGGGAUCAAUGCAAAAAUUUUGAAGGAUAUCAAAUUCCCACUGGACUUGGAUGUUUUUGAUUUGUGCACUCCUGAACUUCAGUCUCGUCUCACUCCAAUGAGAACACGGUUCAAAGAAGUGGAGGACAAAAUGGCUGAAAUUCCUCCAGGAAAGAAAGGAGGACCAGAAGAGGAGAAGGAAGCAAAGAAGAAAAAAAGGAAAGAGCCCUAUUUUUUCCCUGAUGAUCCAGGAUCAAAUAAUUCUGGCUAUUAUGCAUUGCAAGCUGUGCUCACUCAUCAAGGAAGAUCCUCAUCUAGUGGCCAUUAUCUCGCUUGGGUUCGGCGAAAGGGGGACGAAUGGAUGAAGUUUGAUGAUGAUAGAGUGACACCUGUCCAUUCUGAGGAUGUCCUGAAGCUAUCUGGAGGUGGUGAUUGGCAUUGUGCUUAUGUUCUCUUGUAUGGACCUCGAAUCCUAGAAGUAGAUGAGGAAUGA